GAAAUGUCACCGGAAAUGGAUACGUCAUUAUGUUCCGGUGAAUUCAAUAUUUUCAAAAACGUUAAUUUCUUGGAUUUGGAAGAAGCAGCUCUACAUUUAAGGAGAAGAAAACAUAUUGAAGUUUACAAAAUGCAUUUGAAAGGAAGUUGUCUUUGGUCAAUUACGUUUGUUAUCGUAGCCUUGUCAGUUGGUGAAUCUGUGAAUGUGACUAAUUACGAUUAUGAUCACUUUGUUUAUGCUCAACGAUGGCCUCAAAGUGUUUGUGCUUGUAGUGAAGGUCGCUGUCGAAUUCCAGAGGAAGUAAAAACAUGGACUGUCCAUGGACUGUGGCCCACUUUAGGAGACAGUGACAAACCAACUGAGUGCAAUAGAUCAUGGACAUUUGAAGAAGAAAAAAUAUUAGAUAUUGAAACACAGCUAGAAAAAUAUUGGACAUCUCUUGAGGAUAAUGGUGAGAACUCUAGGAUAUCAUUCUGGAAACAUGAAUGGAAGAAACAUGGAACAUGUUGUACCGAUUUGACAUAUCUGGACAGUGAACACAAAUACUUUAGCAUAGGACUACAGCUGAACCAAAAAUAUGAUCUUUUAAGUAUUUUGAAUGAGUCAAACAUUGUACCCAGUCGAUCACGAUUGUACAAGCUUGAUGAUAUUCGUGAAGCUGUUCGGAGUAAACUUGGCUAUUCCCCCAUGUUUAUUUGUUGUUCAAAGCAUAAAAAAGAACGAGUGCAAGAAAUAUUGAUAUGUUUGGACAAAAAGCUCAAACUAAUAGAUUGUCACCAGGCGGAUGAACAAUGUAAAAAACACACUCUCGUUCAUUAUGAACCAUUAAAUCCAUACCCAUGAACUGGAGUGAGCAAAUCUUGUUUCCAGGACUCCCAAUGGCAAGUUCUACAAUAUUGACUUUUCUUUGAUUCAUUAAUGUGCUAUUUUUUAAAUUUUCAAUUUACAAACUAUUCGUAAUGUGGCCUAAACUAAAUGACAAUCAUUAAAAACUAUUUUUGCA